AUUAUGGAAGAAUUGUCUCCCCCUUACCGUUAGGGGUUUCGUUGCAAGAUGGAGUCUAAGAAUGAGGAUAAGGCUAUUGUCAUCGCUAAGACGCCGUCAGAACUUCAAAGAAUGAGACUAGAUAAACUCAUGAAAAAUCCAGCAAAAGAGGUCAUGAUCCCUGAUAAAUCAAAAGACUGGAAUCCUCGAGGGCCACAAGAAUUCAUCAGAAAUGUUUGGGGGUCUAGCGCUGGAGCUGGCAGUGGUGACUUCCAUGUGUACCGUGGUGUGAGGAGAAGGGAGUACGCCAGACAGAAGUUCAUCACAGAGAAGGCGAAGAAGGACAAGGAGGACGUGGAUUAUCAGAAGAGGGUGGAGGAGAACAAGAGGGUUGCUGAUGACAGGACGGCCAAGAAGAGAGCAAAGAGGCUAAAAAAGAAGACAAAACAUAAGACCAAGAAAGCAAAACAGGAAGAGAAGAAAGCUGAGUCUGAUGAAUCAGAGGAGGAGAGUGACGAAGAGAAGGGUGGAGUUGAGAAUGGACAACCCGAGGUUGGGGUGGGAAAAGAAGACAGUGAUGAAGAUGUGAAGAGGUGACGGGUUAGAAUGUGGCCUGAAGAGCAGCAGAGGACUUAAAGAUGCAAUAAAGAUGCAGAAGAUUCCCUUCAUUACGGGGCAUUUUCACCCAGGAGGAAAUAUGUAUAUAUCUCCUGUCAAAUACACGAUUAAGUUAGGGUGAUGUUGAUCCAGUCUUUAGACGGAAGAUGAAAUGAUGGAAACAAACAUAUCCCUGAAUAUCUGUAAGACUGAGAAGGAAGACAGUCUACAAAGGCCCCCCCAAAACAUGACCUAGGAUAUCUGGCAACUCUCUUAGGAAACAAUUUUAUUCACUUGAACUGAGUAACUAUUUUGCAUAUGUUGGUGUUAUUACUUGAACUCUGAGCUUGGGACAAGAAUUGUUCAGUCUCAUAAGGAUUCAUUUCUCACUGCAAGAGUUGUGUCCCCUUGUUGUGCAUGAUCUCAUGAGAUUUGAAUCUUGAAUUCAGCUCGAGGGGGGGUGCAGGGGUGUGCACCCCCCACCCCCCUUUUGUUCUGAAAUUUUAUUAAAUGACCAUUGAAACUCAGGUGAAAAUGAAAUGUGCACCCUGCCUUUUCUCAAUAGUAAGCACCCCCCCUUUCUGAAAAUGCUGUAUCCGCCCCUGCAGCUUCAUAAUGAUCGUUAACUGUGCAGACUUAGAUCACCAAAGUGGUAAUCCUCAAGAUCCAGCAUCACUUCAGGAGUUGCUCAUGUGUCAGUGUGUAGCAGGAUAAUGAAGUUUAGCCUGCAGUUAAAGUUUUUGCAGCCAAGGCAAGUUUUCAGAACUCAUUGCACUCAUAAUUUGUGUUGUUGUGGAGAUUUACAUUCACUUGUUGCCAGUAUUUGUAACCUUGCUAUGGACAUCAGUGUGUUCACUUAUUCAUUAUAAAUACCAUAACUUAUUCCAUAAACUGCCAACAACACCUCA